AGUCAUUAUAAUUUGUUUUUUGCAGUUACUUACGGAGAGGUGAAAGUCACUGGUGGAUGAAGGGCUCAACUCCAACUCAGAUUUCAGAAAUCAUUAUUAAAUUAAUCAAAGACAUGGCAGCUGGGCACCUCUCUGAGGCCUGGUCCCGAGUCACGAAAAAUGCAAUUGCAGAGACAAUCAUUGCACUGACAAAGAUGGAGGAGGAGUAUCGUUCCCCAGUGAGAUGUAUUGCAACCACCAGGCUAUGGCUGGCUGUAGCAUCUUUAUGUGUGCUUGAUCAAGAUCACGUGGACAGAUUAUCUUCUGGAAGGUGGAUGGGGAAAGAUGGACAGCAAAAACAAAUGCCAAUGUGUGAUAAUCAUGAUGAUGGUGAAACUGCAGCAAUCAUUUUGUGCAAUGCUUGUGGGAAUCUCUGCACAGACUGUGACCGCUUUCUCCACCUCCAUCGACGAACAAAAUCCCAUCAAAGACAGGUUUUCAAAGAGGAAGAAGAAGCAAUCAAAGUUGAUCUCCACGAGGGCUGUGGAAGAACUAAGUUAUUCUGGUUGAUGGCGCUAGCAGACUCUAAAACGAUGAAAGCAAUGGUAGAAUUCAGAGAGCAGACAGGAAAGCCUGCAAGCAGCAGCUCGGAAACCUGCAGAUUUUGUGGUUCCAGAAAUGGCACAGAGUUAUCGGCUGUUGGCAGUGUAUGCUCUGACGCUGAUUGUCAGGAAUAUGCAAAGACAGCUUGCAGCAAGACUCACCCAUGUGGGCAUCCUUGUGGCGGUGUGAAGAAUGAGGACCACUGCUUACCCUGUCUACACGGCUGUGACAAAAAUGCAACGCAUCUGAAACAGGAUGCAGAUGAUAUGUGCAUGAUCUGCUUUACUGAAGCACUUUCAGCAGCUCCUGCUAUUCAGCUGGACUGCAGCCAUGUAUUCCACUUGCAAUGUUGUCGACGUGUCCUAGAAAACAGAUGGCUGGGGCCACGGAUCACUUUUGGUUUUAUGACCUGUCCGAUCUGUAAGAACAAAAUAAAUCAUUCAGUGUUGAAAGAUCUCCUGGACCCAAUCAGAGACCUUUAUGAAGAUGUGAGAAGAAAAGCUUUAAUGAGGCUGGAGUAUGAAGGGUUACACAAAAGUGAUGCAAUCACUACGCCAGGAGUACGAUUUUACAAUGAUCCAGCCAGUUAUGCCAUGAACCGAUAUGCUUAUUAUGUCUGCUACAAAUGCAAAAAGGCAUAUUUUGGUGGGGAAGCUCGCUGCGAUGCUGAGGCUGGCCAAGGAGAUGACUAUGAUCCAAGAGAGCUGAUAUGUGGAGCAUGCUCAGAUGUUUCCCGGGCUCAGAUGUGUCCAAAACAUGGUACAGAUUUCCUAGAAUACAAGUGUCGAUAUUGCUGCUCAGUGGCUGUAUUUUUCUGUUUUGGAACAACACACUUUUGUAAUGCUUGCCAUGAUGACUUCCAGAGAAUGACCAGCAUACUUAAAGAAGAACUUCCACAUUGCCCUGCAGGUCCAAAAGGCAAACAGCUUGAAGGGACUGAGUGUCCUCUUCAUGUGGUCCACCCCCCCACCGGAGAAGAGUUUGCUCUGGGCUGUGGAGUGUGCAGAAAUGCUCACACUUUUUAACUGAGCCCAUACUACUUUUUCCAGUUUAUAUUUUUUUUUAUCCUUGCUUUGUGAAUUUUGAAAUGGACAACAGCAGUCCAUCACGCCAGGCAGGUUCUGGACGGCGGCAUCCAGUCAGGAUGGGACCACAUAAGAGUCUGCGAACAAGGUUAAAAGGGAAGGUGGCACCAGAUCCAGCUGUGUAUUUAGCAGUUCAUACUCUUCAUACCAAGCUCAAUGUUUUGUCUUUCUGAAACUGAUAACUACUUGUGAGGUGCUUGCAUGUGGUCAUUACAUAAAGCACCACUGCCAAGGCACCAGAUAUGUAUAAAAUGCUUGGGUACUACACAGCAUAGAGAAGGUUCCUCGUAUCAUGGAUAUAUAAAUAUAUGUAUACAGUAUAUGUAUGAUCAGAAGAAAAGUUACAGUAAUGAGCACUGACUUUCGAAUAGCCUGCAUCUCGUGGAGAAAAGAGGAAUAUAUAUAUGUAUCUCUAGACUGUUAAUAUAACUCUGGCUGCUGGAGAGCUGUGCAGUGUGCUCGGCUGAGAAGAAAGACAUUGCGCUUGGAGGGCACAUAAACAUAACAAGGUAUAAAAGUUGUAACAAAUGCUGUACAUAGUACAUAAAGAUAUCAAUGUUUGUCCUGUAUAAGAUUUACUACAUUACAAAGGCAGUUUCAUUUAACUUUCUGGGUUAUGUUUGAGCCUGAAAUUUUAAUGAAGUGCAAUACUGAGUGUGCCUCAUAUCUUUGCAGAUGUAAACUUUAUGGAAUGUACAUGUCAAUAAAGCCACUGUACAUUUUUAUACAGUGACAGUCUGGUGAAUGUUUAGGAUCUUAUUUAAGAGGAAUGGCUUUUAAAAAGAAAAAUAAAGACUUAAAUCAUA